AUGUCUCUGGUACCAACGUCCCCUCCGGAACACGCCACCCUGGGUACGCUUAUCGAGUCCAUGACGGCGGAUUCAUCGGCGGGCGAGGAGAACAUCGAAGUUCUUGAGACCCAGGGGGCGCAAGACGAUGGCGACAGCGAGCAGGACGACGACGACGAGGGCGACGUCAUCACCUUCAACAACAAGGAGAUUGUCGUCGACAAGCAGGACCUCCUCCUGCUCGCACACGCCGAGGCUGCGAUGGACACGCUGCCACAGGGCAAGGAGGAGCUGGUCCGGUUCCAAGAGAAGUACGGCCCUCGAAUCGUACGAGGCCUCGUCAACACAGCGGUCACCAAGUCCGGCCGUCAGCUGUACCAGCAGAGUGUCGAGGGCGAGCUCGCGAAGACGUACGAUUGGGUCGCCCUGUUCGGCCCCGUCCCCUUCCUUGCUGUGCGCGGUGUACCCGUCUGGGUAAUUCUCUGGUACUCGGCCUACCAGAAGGCCGCCUACAUGUCGCUGUGGCAUGAUGUCCUCGAACACCACUCGUCUCUCGCCAGGUUCCGGCUGCUUGCGUUUCUGGGCCUUUCUGGCCCAGAAGGCACAGCAAAGAAGAUUGCCGAGUGUGUCUACGGACUCACAGGCAAGGACAUGGUCGAUGAAGCGAAGCUGGAGCGCGUGCGCCGGUCCGGCGACUUCCGCGACGCCGAGGUGGACCCAGACGAGUUGAAACUGUACGAUGGAAUGAGUACCUGGAUCGCUCGCAGGCUGGGACAGCAUCUGAAUGCCGCGCACAAGGCCGUCAACAAGAAGGUCGAAGCAUUCCGACUGAUCCACGACCUCGCCGCCACCGUUAUUCUGCCGCUCACCGGAAUGCCCGGCAAAGGUCUGAACUUCAUCGAGCACUACAUCACGUGCUUGUUUGAGACGACAGCCUCCCACGGACUGAACGUGAAUGUUGUCGACAAGCUUGGUCACGUCGCCACUCUCACGGCAGACAUGGUGCCCCACCUGUUGGCGGUGUUUGACAUUCUUUUUGCGGCUCGUCGCCUUCCACCCUUGCGCGAUGUAUGGGGCUGGACCCGGCUCCUCGCAUCACUCGCCCCGGUUCUCGACCCUAAGGGAGCCCUCAAGGGCGAGUUGCUGGUGGUGCCCAACACAAUGCUGCACAUUCUCAAGGGCAAGGCCUGGACCGGCAUUUACAAUGACGUCAAGCCCAACAACCUGGGUUCUGCUCUCCGUGUCCGCGCCGACCAGCCCAUUCCCUGCUCAUUACAAUACCAGGCUGUGUACCGGCGCCGGAUGAUUCUCAGCUUCAGCAAGAACAGUCCCGAGCAAUGUCUGGCUGAGCUGUGCACGGCCAUGGAACGUGCCGUGGCGUCUGUGUCGACUCCCACCUGA